AUGGCCAAACUAGGUGCUAAAUUCCCCACCAAUGUAAUAUCUGAUGGGUUCUAUGGUUUUACAAUGUGGAAAACUCUCCUUGAUGCCAAAAGGGAAGCCCGGAUGCUUGAAUAUGGACUUGAACGAUACAAAACCCUUCCUAAUCCAAACGUAUAUACAUUGGCUUUCCGAAUUCUUGGAAUGCAGCUCAUUGAUACUAGAGAGCCUGAAAACAUUAAGGCAAUCUUAUCAACUCAAUUCAAUGAUUUUUCCUUAGGCAGAAGGCAUGAUGUUAUGUAUCCCUUGCUUGGAGAUGGAAUAUUUACUCAGGAUAAUUUAGCUUGGAAACAUUCACGUGCAUUAUUGAGACCUCAGUUUGCUAGGGAACAAGUUGGACAUGUCAAAUUAUUGGAACCCCAUUUGCAAGUGUUUUUCAAACACGUUAGAAAAGCCCAAGGACAAGUGUUUGAUAUCCAAGAGUUGUUUUUCAGAUUGACGGUAGAUACUAGUACUGAGUUUUUGUUUGGUGAGUCGGUUCAAAGUUUAAGAGAUGAGUCUGUGGGGAUGCUGCAGCAGGCAACAGAUGUGGAUGGAAAGGCUGAUUUCCCAAAAGCAUUUAAUAUUUCUCAGGAAUAUUUGGCUUCUAGGGCAAUAUUACAAAGCUUCUUUUGGAUACUUAAUCCAAAGGAGUUUAGGGAUGCUAAUGCCAAGGUUCAUAAAUUCGCUAAUCAUUAUGUGAAAAGAGUUCUUAACAUGUCACAAGAGGAAUUGGAAAAGGAACAAGGAUAUACAUUCUUGUAUGAACUAGCAAAGCAGACUAAAGAUCCCAAGGUAUUAAGGGACCAAUUAUUGAAUAUCUUGGUUGCCGGUAGAGAUACCACUGCAGGGUUAUUAUCAUUUUUAUUUUUUGAAUUGGCAAGAAAUCCAGAAAUCUUUGCCAAACUAAAGGAAGAGAUAUAUACCCGAUUUGGUUCUGGUGAAGACUCGAGAAUUGAAGAAAUCACAUUUGAAUCAUUAAAGAAAUGCGAAUACUUAAAAGUAGUCAUCCAGGAAGCAUUAAGAUUAUAUCCUUCUGUUCCACAAAACUUCAGAAUUGCAACCAAAGAUACAACCUUACCCACAGGUGGUGGUCCGGAUGGAAAAUCUCCCAUACUUGUUAGAAAGGGACAAAAUGUCACCUAUCCAAUCUUCGGCACUCAUCGUACAGAGGCAUUUUACGGAAAGGAUGCAUUGGAAUUUAAGCCAGAAAGAUGGUUCGAGGCAAGAACGAGAAAAUUGGGUUGGGCCUAUUUGCCAUUCAAUGGUGGGCCUAGGAUUUGUUUGGGACAACAAUUUGCUUUGACUGAGGCUCUGUAUGUUACAGUGAGGAUUAUACAGGAGUUUGGCAAUCUAUGGAUGGAUCCAGAAACUCCUUAUCCUCCCAAGAAAUUGACGCAUUUGACGAUGUCUCUUUAUAAUGGGUGCAAUAUUAAGUUAUAUUAG